AUGGCAGAGCAUAAUCCUCCCACCCCGAAGAACAUCCUUCGGGGCCACAAGGCCCAGGUGCAUGCCGCUGCCUUCCUGAGGCAUAACUCGCGGCUUGCUACCGGAGAUGCGGACGGAUUUGUAGUCCUGUGGGAUCUCACCAUUAUGAGACCCAGGGCGGUUUGGAGGGCCCAUGAAAAUGCCAUUCUCGGGAUCCGAAGCUGGGGACACGACAAAGUCAUCACACACGGUCGCGACCACAAACUGAUUGUUUGGAAAAUCACCGAGGAUGACGAGCAACGCCUCAGCACCACUUUGCCGCUCGAGGAGACGCCAGUUCCAAGGCCGACGCCCUGGAUGCUCCAUCUCCUUGAAGUGAACACAAUGAAUUUCUGCGCUUUCGGAGCAGCCGCUGCAAUCUCCGAUAGUCCAGUUACCCGCUUGGAUGAGGCUUCUGAAAUUUUAAUUGCAGUGCCGAAUACCAUCGCUUCUGAACAAAUUGAUAUAUAUGAACUACCAUCCCAGAAACGCAUACACACCGUUAAACCCGGCAAGGAUAAUGGCAUGGCCAUGAGUGUAGCGCUUGCCAACCUAGAAGACUCUCUUCUUCUCGUCGCUGCCUUCGAGAACGGCUACGCAUCCGUCCAUCGACUCGACCCUGAUGGGGAAUGGACUAUGACAUACAGAUCACAGGCCCAUACCCAACCAAUACUGUCUCUCGCGAUUCACCCUACCAAUAAAUACUUCAUAACCUCCAGUGCCGACGCCAUUGUCGCCAAACACCCACUCCCUCUCGUUCAGCAAGACGGCAUGGCGGUGCUCGACCCGGACAACCGAAUCAUCGAGGAGAUCGAUGAUUUACCAACAGACACUCCACCAGGGCCGUCUCUUCUUUCAUCACAGCUUGGUGGAAGCUCUGGAAAAUCCAGAGCCAAGAGCAAGGCCAAGAUGACAGCUUGGGAACACCCCCAUAAGGUGACGAACACAAAACACUCUGGCCAGCAGGGCCUCAAGAUCCGAUCCGACGGGAAGAUAUUCGCAACGGCCGGCUGGGAUGGCAAUUUCCGCAUAUACUCCUGCAAGACGCUCAAAGAGCUGGCGGUUUUGCAGUGGCACAAGGUUGGCUGCUACGCCGUCGCCUUUGCUGAUCUCGACUCAGACACGACGCCCAAAGACAAACCAGAGACAACUGCUGGAAAUACCAGCUCAGAAAAUCCGGAUAGGCGGAUACAAUUACUGAAUACUCCCACGGUGAAGGAAAAAAGGGUACAACAGGCCAAAACUACACAUUGGGUAGCUGGAGGAGCCAAAGAUGGCAAAGUUAGUCUGUGGGACGUAUAUUAA